GUAUAAAUCCAACCCCCUUUUUCAGCUGGGACCGCACUCCGGCGUGCUCGGGUCCUGCAGUGGAAAACAGGGAAGCAACUGCAACUUGCUCUGGAGCUUCUGAAACUCUUAGCAGCUGUUUGAAGAGAAAGCAGAAUGGCUGGACUCAAGUACAUGAGUGGCUUUGGGAACGAGUUCUCCUCUGAAGACCCUCGUUGUCCCGGGUCCUUACCUGAGGGACAGAACAACCCUCAGGUCUGCCCGUACGGCCUCUACGCCGAGCAGCUGUCCGGCUCCGCCUUCACCUGCCCUCGUCCGACCAACAAGAGGAGCUGGCUGUACCGCAUCCUCCCCUCUGUGAAGCAUAAGCCUUUCAUCGCGAUGUCCUGUGGGGAUGUGACGGAGAACUGGAACGAGGUGGAGCCUGAUCCGAACCAGCUGCGUUGGCUGCCAUUCAACAUCCCCAGACCUACUGAGAAGAGAGUCGACUUCGUUACUGGUCUCCACACUGUCUGUGGCGCUGGAGAUGCUAAAUCUCGUAAUGGCAUCGGCAUCCACAUCUACACCUGCAACAGCUCCAUGGUGGACAGGUGCUUCAACAACUCGGAUGGAGACUUUCUGAUUGUCCCCCAGCAGGGUGAGAUCCUGAUCACCACGGAGUUUGGGAAGAUGAUGGUCGAGCCGAACGAGAUCUGUGUCAUCCAGCAAGGGAUGCGUUUCAGUGUGGAAGUGUUUGGAGAAACCAGGGGAUACAUCCUGGAGGUGUACGGAGCCCAUUUUGAGCUCCCUGACUUGGGACCUAUAGGAGCCAAUGGUCUGGCCAACCCAAGGGACUUCCUGUGCCCGGUCGCCUGGUACGAGGAUCGGACGGUGUCCACCGGUUACACCGUCAUCAACAAGUACCAGGGGAAGCUGUUUGCCUGCCAGCAGGAUUUCUCGCCGUUCAAUGUGGUUGCCUGGCACGGGAACUACACGCCUUACAAAUACAGCCUGGACAACUUUAUGGUUAUCAACUGUGUGGCCUUCGACCACGCGGACCCCUCGAUAUUCACCGUGCUGACGGCUAAGUCCACCAAACCAGGUGUGGCCAUCGCUGACUUUGUCAUCUUCCCUCCGCGUUGGGGUGUGGCAGACCACACUUUCCGUCCGCCGUACUACCACCGGAACUGCAUGAGUGAGUUCAUGGGCCUGAUCAAGGGACACUACGAGGCCAAGGAGGAGGGCUUCCAGCCUGGAGGGGCCAGCCUGCACAGCAUCAUGACCCCGCAUGGCCCGGACACCGGCUGCUUCGAGAAGAACACCGCUGCUGCGCUCCAGCCCGAGAGGGUGGCCGACGGCACCAUGGCCUUCAUGUUCGAGUCGUCUUUCAGCAUGGCCGUGACCAAAUGGGGCCUGCAGACCUGCCAGAGGCUGGACAAGAACUACUACCAGUGCUGGGAAACUCUACGCAAGCACUUUAACCCCAAAUGGUAACCCAGCCAAUAGAAAUAAAAAUAAAAAGCAGUGACUAAAAAGAACACUGCACAAAGUUAAACAAAGAGAUGCGAUGUCAAAAAAUUCUCAUUUCAUCUAAUAAAGUGUAAACUUCCUCAAAAA